GGUUAAUAAAAGGCUCAGAUGUUAAAUGGUCGACGAAUCUGGCUUAAUUAUUACCUACAAGCAAAGCCAUCAAAUAUUACAGCUCCAACCUUCCAGGGUCCAUCGUGCAACAAAAAUUUCACUCUUUAGGCAAAGCUGGAGGGGUCCAGAAUGCAAUAAACAAGUCGGCAGGGUCCAAAAAGAAAAAAGUGUUUCGUUUCAACCUAUUCGCUCAACAAUUGGGUUGUUGGACAGAGUCAUCAAAGGAGAAAAUUUCUUGUGUUUCCAUAUGGUUUCAACCCUUUCAAAUCCUUAGGCCUUGUGCUCGUUCGAUCUUUGAAAAUUCUCGUAGGCUUAUAAAGGAUUCUGCCGGGUCGAUUCGUUAUCUUCCUCUGAUUUUGGGUUUUCGGCGCUUGGAGAAGGUAUACGAUGAUCCGGAUUUUGUUCACGCUGCUCAUGGCGGAGGUGGGGGUAGUGAUCGUCCUCCUCUUCAAGACGCCGCUCAGAAAGCUUGCGGUCAUGGGGUUAGAUCGGUUGAAGCGAGGCCGCGGGCCGGUCAUGCUGAAGACGGUAGCGGGGACCAUCCUUAUCAUGCUCUCCUCGAGUAUCUAUGGCAUGGCCAGAAUCAAGAAUCGAUCCACCGAGAUAGGAGGGCUCAAUCCUACUGAACAGGUGCUCAUGAGCUUCCAUAUCCUCGAAGCGUCGCUGAUGGGCUAUUCACUACUGCUUGCUCUCAUCAUUGACCGAUUGCACCAUUACAUUAGAGAGCUACGUGGGUUGAGAAAAAGCAUGGAAGCUGUAAUGAAGCAAAACAGGGCAUUAGAAGAAGCAAAAAGUGGCGGCUCCGACGAAAUCAAUACUCGCGACAAAGAGAUUGCCAAGUUGAACGAACAGAUCCAGCAACUCAAAACAGAAAAUGAGAAAAAACUUAAGGAACUAAAAGCAGCAGAAGCCAACACCACAGCUCUAAGGAAACAGUCAGAGGGCUUUCUUAUUGAAUAUGACCGUCUAUUGGAAGACAACCAGAACCUUCGCAACCAGUUGCACUCGAUUGAUCUCACCUUAUCACACUCCGAUUCAAAGAAGCAUUCAUGAAACUCCUCACUUUUGUAUUUCAGUGUUAUACCUGAAAAAACUUUAUAUUGUUUAAAACUUCAUAGUUAUCCCUUUUAUACGCUUUGUGGAUUUUGUGAGUUGGUGAAAUGAUAAAUCAGGAAUGUUUAUUUUACCUUAUCUGAAACUGUACUAUCGUUUUGUUUUUUUCCAGUACGUCAUUUGGUACUGCUAGAGUGAAAUGGUUGUGAUUUUAUCAA